AUGCAGUCAGAUGGGGACAGUGAACUGAGCCUGGACGCCCAGCUGGCCAGUAAAGAAAGGGAGUGGAAGGAGCUCCAGGCUUUAAGGGUUCAUCAGCUGGAGAGUUCCCUCAAAAAGGCCCAGGAGGAGUGCUCCUCCCUCAGAGAACACUACCAGCAGCUGAAGGAAGAUUUCCAGUUCAACAUGGUCAUCCUGGAGGAGCGAGACCGAGAGCUGGAGAGAUAUGACGUCAUAACGACCAGAGCUCUGACUGUGGAGCACAACAGGCAGGAGCAGCUGAGCCAACUCCGUACGCAGGUCGCCAAGUUGGAGGAGCAGAGGGCCAGAGAGGCUGAGGAGAGGCAGGAGGAGCUGAGGAGGAGUCGGGACAGUGCUGCUCAGCACAGGCUGCAGCUGGACCAGCUUAAGUGCUCUAUGGCUGGUGAAAUACACAAGCAAACGGAGGAGUAUGAGAGGAUGAAAUGGGAUUUGCAGCGCAGAAUACAAGAAGUAGAGGGAGAGAUGACCCGACAGAGACAGGAGAUGACAGCAGCUUUUGAGGGUGAGCUCAGACGGCAGGAACAUGAGUUCAACUUGAAAAUGGAUGAGAUGUGUGCUGUGGUGCUGUCUCAUGAACUCAAGGUGAAGCUGCUGUCUAAAGAGACUGAAGUUCACUGUCAGGCUCAGCUUCAGGCGACAGAGACUCUCAGAGCACGUGAGGAGUUCUGUCAGCAGAUACAGACCCAGCUGCAACUCAAAGACCAGGAGAUCAAAGACCUCACUGAUGUCAAGGACCACAGGAUAAAGGAGCUGGAGGAUGAGGUGAACUGGAUGGAGACCAAGUUGAAGAAGAAGGAUUAUGACAGCAUUAACAAAUACAAGAAUGCCGUCCAGGCUCUGAAGGAGUGUGACACACAACAGGAGGCUCAGCGUCAGGCCCACACAGAGCAGCUGCAGAAGGCUGAGAAACACAUUGUCAAACUGCAGGAGAACGUGGAAGCUCUGACUGCACAGAUACGCCGCAUACAGGACGACCAGCAGGAGGCUGUGGAACAGAAAGAUGAGACAAUCCAGAGGCUUCGCACAGAGGUAGAAACAACCCGGACUUGCUGGAACCAGUACAUGAGUGAUGUGUCCAGUGAGAUGGUCGUCAAAGACACAGAGAUGAUCGCCCUGCAGGAGAGAGAAACCAAACUCAGGACUGAGCUGGAGAGGAGCAGGGAGGAGACGGAGAGGUACAAGCAGCAGCUGAGUGCUGGUUUAAAGAGAGAGCAGGCUUUAGAACAGAUGCGUGUCCAGGUGGAGCUGGAGUGGCAGAGACGCUGUGAGGACAUGAAGGCCGAACACUACCUUGCCAAUGAGCAGCUAAUACAAGACCUGACCCAAGCUAGAGAUCAGGCAACAGCAGAGCUGAAGGAGAAAGAAGAAGAGCUGCAGGACCUGACUGUGUUACUACGAUCUGUUAAAACAGAGAGAGACCAGGCGAUGCAGGGUCUCACACCAAAGGUAGACUCUCUGGCAUCAGAAGAGAUCCGUCGUCUGCAGGAGCAGAACAACAUCCUGCGGGCUGUGGUCACCCAGAUGAGGAAAGACAUGGAGGGUCUCAGCCAUCCCCCACCCCCUCCCCAGGCCCAGCCACAGACCUCCGCUCCUCAGCUAGUUCAGCAUCCAGGAGCCGCUGCAGCCACCUCCAUCACCCCUACAGCUGACACUCAGAUGACCACUGGACCACCUCCCCAAUCCACUGACAUCUCCUCCAAAGUCAGCCCAGCAGGUGGUCAGUUUGCAGAGAAACGUCCUGAAAGCUCUGUUGUGAGGAAGCAGGAGGACAGAGUGACACACACAGAAUCUGCUCUCGCCAACAUCAUGGAACAGAGUGCACUGGUGCAACAGCUCCAACAGGAGAACCUGUAUUUGAAGCAGAGACAGGCCUCAGGUCAGUGUCAGAACGUCCAGGGUGCGAGAAGCCACCCUCCUGUCGUGCACACCAGGCUGAAGCAGGCAGCGUCCUGUAUCGCCCAUCUGAGCAGAGACAAACAGCAGCUGAUAGAGAUGUGCAACCGCCUUCGUGCUCAGAUCAGCACAGCUGGACUACAGGUGGAGCCAGAGAAGGACGCCUCCACAGAGAAACAAGGAGACCAACAUGACCGGCUGUCUGCUCUGGAGCAGCUGCAGUACCAGCUCACCACACAGGAGCUGCAGUACGCUCUGAGGCAGAGGCUCUGCACUGUUUCUGAACAGCUCCUCCCUGAAGCCGACAACCAAGGUCCUGCUACAAGAGGGGCUGCCAACCCCUGGUCCCAGGGUCACAAAACCACAGACAGGCCUGAGAGCGCCAGGAACAAAGAGAACACUCCUCCGCUCAGCCGGUCACAGAGCUCAGUGGAUGCGGGUCUGCAGCCCCGCUCAGGUCUGUCCAGGUCUCUGUUGUCAUCAGAGGAAUCACUGCGAUCGCUGAAGGAGCUGUGGGAGAAACUAGACAAUGCACUCAGUCCAUCUGUUUUCUCAGAAGGUCCAGCUGAGUCUGAUGGUGCUGGAGUCCAGAUAAUGGUGCACGGUAUCAGUGCUCCCAUUCAUAGCCAGUCCCAAACUGAAGUCCAGCAGAGGAUGAACCCCUCUAAAACACCAUCACACACUACCAAGACCAGCAGACCUGGAGCCCCUGGAAAGAUGAGUAAGAUCCGAAACUACAAUGUAAAAGACUGACACACACAUGUAGGACAGUCUGUCAGUGUACUGGUCGUGUCCCACUCAGCCUGUGACAACUGUUCAAACCUUCUGUGGCUCUGGAGGAGCUUUGUUAAGUCUGAUGACAUCAGGGUUAUCUCAGCCACAUAACAGAAAGUCUGCAUUACAAGCUAGAGGCGUGGAGUUAGAAAAAGGGGGUUCUAAUGAAAACACUGUUUUAUUGAAUGUUUUUUAUUGAAGAUGGAUCCAUGCUAUGAACUAGAGUUGCUCUGGUACCAGUACUAGUAUCAGAAAUGCCUCAGAUACUGCCUAAAAUACUGGAAUGGGUAUUGGCCAGUACAUGAGUCUAUGCACCGAUCUGAUUCUACGUAAUUUAUUAAUAAACUUUACAGUUUCACACCCAGAUAAAAUGGCAGUUUUCCAGGAAAUCAAUUCUUCUUCACUGCUGUUUAGCCAAAGGCAACUACCGUUUUAGAGUGGUCAAUAGUGUAACGUUCCACCAAUAAAAGGGCAAUGUGUAAAGUAUGCAAGGCUUUAAUUUGAAGGGGCAGUACUAGUGUUAGGACAACUAGUGUAGGAUGUGUUAUUUAAUCCUAAAUUCAUUUUUUAAUGACUGACAGUUGAAUUAGAUAAUAAAAGAAAGAUUCUAUGGCAUUCAUGUAUCCAAUCAUGUUUUACAAAGCGUUUAACCUGAGCCAUACAACAAUGACAGCAAUCAUAUCACAUCCACACAGGGUCAGUAGCAUACAGCUGUUAAAAAUAUUUUUAACACAAUUGUUUUGGAUCAGUACUCGAUAUUGGCCGAUGCAUAAGUUCAAGUGUCGGAAUUGGGUUGGAAAAAAUGGUAUUGGAACAUCUCUACAAGGAACUGAAAGUCAGGAUGUCUUGAUUUGUAACAUUAUUUCAUAAGUUUUCAUGUAAUUACAGCUUCCUCUAAAUGAUCGUGAAGUGCCUAAAGAGAAAUGCACUCCAAAUUAAGAAAUGCUACAAACAGAAAAACACUAAAUUCUUAAUUAUAUUUUCAGAGUAUCAGAGCUCAUGUGUCUGAGCAGUUAAAGACCACAAUAAAUAGGCUUUAUUGUCUAUAAUUCUAUUUUUAAAUGUAUUUUUCAAGGCCAUUUUGUAUGUUUCAUUGCCCUGUAAUAACAGCUCCAACAUUUAUUAUUCAAAUUGUCUUGUUUCAUUGAUUGAACUCAGUGGCUACACAUGCAAAUCUGACU